ACGUCCGGUGGCAGCGCAGAGGCAGCCCGGACCCCAGAAGUUCCCCCGGCGACUUUGGUUCCGGCGGCGGCGCGGGGCGGGCGGGAGCCCGGAAGUUCGCCCAUGGCUGUGGCUCCCGGCUGGCUUGCAGCCCAGGCCUGCCAGCGAGUUUUAAAAAGAGCAUUCUCGCUGCAUAAAGCACAUUCGAUAAAGGAUAUGGAAAAUACUUUUCAAUUGGUGAAAAAUAUUAUCCCUCCUCUAACUUCCAAGAAGCACAAAGGGCAAGCUGGAAGAAUAGGCAUAGUUGGAGGCUGCCAAGAGUACACUGGAGCCCCUUAUUUUGCAGCAAUCUCAGCUCUCAAAGUGGGAGCAGAUUUAUCCCACGUGUUCUGUACCCGGGAGGCCGCACCUGUGAUCAAGUCGUACAGCCCGGAGCUGAUUGUUCAUCCGGUCCUAACACUUCCAUUACCAGCAAGAAAACCGCUAUCCAUUUCCACCCCUAGCUUGAGUGAUAGCCCUGAUGCGGUUCAUGAAGUGGAAAAGUGGUUGCCUCGACUGCAUGCCCUGGUUGUAGGACCUGGCUUAGGCAGAGAAGAUGCUCUUCUCAAAAACGUCGAGGGCAUUUUAGAAGCAUCCAAGGCCAGAGCCAUCCCUGUUGUCAUUGAUGCAGACGGGCUGUGGCUGAUAGCUCAGCAGCCGACCCUCAUCCAAGGCUACAGGAAGGCCGUUCUCACUCCCAACCACGUGGAGUUCCUCAGGCUCUUGGAAGCCGUGCUGACAGACCCUGUGGAUAGCAGUGAUCGCCGCGGAGCUGGGCUGAGACUCAGUCAGGCCCUGGGGAAUGUGACUGUGGUCCAGAAGGGGGAGCAGGACGUGAUCUCCGAUGGCGAACAGGUUCUCGAAUGCAACCUCCAGGGCAGUAACCGCAGAUGUGGUGGGCAAGGUGACCUCCUGUCGGGAUUCCUGGGUGUUAUGGUGCAGUGGGCACUCCAUGCCGGACCUGAGAAAAUGAACGGUUUCAGCCCUCCCCUCGUGGCUGCCUUUGGUGCGUGCUCCCUCACAAGGCAGUGCAGCCACCAAGCCUUCCAGAAGUACGGCCGCUCCACCACUACCUCCGACAUGAUCCCAGAAAUUGGACCUGCAUUCAGCAGACUCUUCGAAACCUGAGCCGAUGCAAACGAGAAG